AGCAGAAUACUUGUUGACUCGGUUGAAGUGGUUUUAUCCUUUGAACCCUGUCUGUUGUUAGUAAGGUUGGUCGAUCUGCCUGGACCAUGCUAUUUCCUACCCAGAACUCAACUAAUACUGUUUAAUACCAUGAAAGAAGCAAAUUCCUGAAGCAUUUUCUAGUUUUACAGUGAAAAGGGUAAAAACCCAAAGAAGAAAUUCUCAUAUGAUUAAGCCCUCCUUCCAUAGCCUUGGGUAACCAGGAGAAACACCUGUGAUUAAGUCGACAAUAAUACCCCUAACGUUGACACGAUUUUACUCUUUCCUCUCCACUAAACCUCAAAAACCUCACCUUGUCUCCUAUCACUUUCCCCAAACUCCAAAGCUAAACUGGGCUCACAUGGAUGCUCUUAGCAGCAGCGAUGGCGACAGCAGCAUCGUUAACGGCGAGAAGAGUAACGAAAACGAGGAGCAGUGGAAAGCAGAAGAAGCGAUUGGUGGGAACGCCCAAGCUCUCCAAGCCUUGAGAGAACUCAUCGUUUUCCCUGUUCUCUACUCUCGUGAAGCCCGAAAGCUUGGCCUCAAAUGGCCUCGGGGUUUGCUCCUUUAUGGUCCACCAGGCACCGGGAAGACAAGCUUGGUACGUGCAAUUGUUCGUGAAUCCGGUGCCCAUUUAAUAGUUCUCAGUCCACAUUCUGUUCACAGAGCACAUGCUGGAGAAAGUGAGAAAAUUUUACGGGAAGCUUUUUCAGAGGCAUCAUCCCAUGCAAAUUCUGGCAAACCAUCUGUUAUUUUUAUUGAUGAAAUAGAUGCACUCUGCCCUCGCCGUGAUUCAAGGCGAGAGCAGGAUGUUCGUCUAGCUUCUCAACUCUUUACACUGAUGGACUCCAAUAAACCCUCACCAACUUCUAUACCCCGAGUUGUUGUGGUUGCAUCGACGAACAGAGUGGAUGCAAUUGACCCAGCUCUAAGAAGGUCAGGACGUUUUGAUGCUGAAGUUGAAGUUACCACACCUAAUGAAGAGGAGAGAUUUCAAAUUCUCAAGCUUUACACAAAGAAGGUUCCUUUGGAUCCCAAUGUUGACUUACAAGCUGUAGCUGCAUCUUGCAAUGGAUAUGUUGGGGCUGAUUUGGAAGCUUUAUGUCGUGAAGCAACCAUGCUCGCAGUUAAAAGAUCUACAGAUAUAGGUGAAAAUCCAGGUGCGCUUAUCUUAACCAUGGAAGACUGGAAACAUGCUAAGUCUGUGGUUGGCCCAAGCAUAACAAGAGGUGUUACUGUGGAAAUUCCGAAGGUGUCUUGGGAAGAUGUUGGAGGACUCAAAGAUUUGAAGAAAAAGCUCCGGCAAGCUGUUGAGUGGCCUAUCAAACAUUCAGCUGCAUUUGCAAGGCUUGGUAUAUCACCUAUGCGUGGAAUACUUCUGCAUGGACCUCCAGGAUGCUCAAAAACAACUCUUGCUAAAGCUGCUGCUCAUGCUGCCCAAGCUUCAUUUUUCUCUUUGAGUGGUGCAGAGUUAUAUUCAAUGUAUGUUGGAGAGGGUGAAGCUUUGUUACGGAAUACAUUUCGUAGAGCACGUCUGGCUGCACCAAGCAUAAUAUUCUUUGAUGAAGCUGAUGUUGUUGCUGCCAAACGGGGUGGGAGUUCAAGGAGCAAUGCUGCAGUUGGAGAGAGGCUUCUAUCCACUUUACUGACUGAAAUGGAUGGUUUAGAACAGGCAAAAGGGAUUCUUGUUUUAGCUGCUACCAAUCGUCCUCAUGCAAUUGAUGCUGCACUCAUGCGCCCUGGACGAUUUGAUCUGGUGCUCUAUGUACCGCCGCCAGAUUUAGAAGCUCGGUAUGAGAUCCUUCGUGUACAUACGCGAAACAUGAAAAUCGGAGAUGAUGUUGAUUUGAGAAGAAUAGCAGAAGAUACAGAGCUCUUCACAGGGGCCGAAUUGGAGGGCUUGUGCAGGGAAGCCGGAAUAGUAGCUCUAAGGGAAAACAUAUCCGCCACUAUGGUCGAGAAGCAUCAUUUCCAGACAGUGAAGGAGUCACUAAAACCAGCAUUAACAAGAGAGGAGAUUGAAUCCUAUUCGUCAUUCAUGAAGGACCAAGCUUUGAUGUCCCCUGCUGGCCAGCAACAAGGCAUGAGGCACAAAAGUAAUUCAUUGGGUGUAGCAUUUCCAAUUAAAGUUGGUGUUCUAAGUGUCAUAUUGCUUGCUGCAGGAAAAUAUAUAUUCAUGCAAACUGGACAAACUCCACAUGAAUUAGUGGUUACAUGAAAUUUAGUCAUCUUUUCUAACUAAUUUUGUAGUAUUAUUCUUUGUAACAAUUGUUUGUUCAUGGAGCCUUUUCUUUCU